AUGGAGAAUGUCCUCUUGGCUUCGGAGAUAGUUGCAAAUUAUCAUAAGGAAACUAUGUCACCUAGAAGCGCUAUAAAGAUUGAUAUCUCUAAGGCAUUCGACUCUGUUCAGUGGCCAUUUUUGCUAAGCAUCUUCCGCACUCUGCAUUUCCCGACACAAUUUAUCAAGUGGGUAGAGUUUUGCAUUACCACUGCUUCCUUCUCAGUCCAAGUCUUGUCCGCUUUGCUUGAUAAAGCAGCCGAGGAGAGACGCGUAGGUUACCACCCGCGAUAUGGGACUAAAACCUCUAUCGAAGGCAUUCUUCAGACUUUUCAUCAUUUUGCCGGAGUAUCAGGACUGAAUAUUAGUCUCGAGAAGUCUACAAUGUAUAUGGCCGGAGUCACAGCCACUGAACAAGCUGAGAUUCUUCAAUCUUUCCCCUUCGCAUCAGGCACUCUUUCAGUUUGUUAUCUUGCUCAUCAGCUCAGUCAUACAGAGCCUAACGAACUUCUGGAUGUCAGCUUUCCGUCUGCCGUCAGCUUGCACGAAGGAGAUAGACAGUAUGUGUUCUGCAUUCUGUGGUCGGGACCCUCUCUUAAUACCAAAAAGGAAAAGGUUGCCUGGACGGAUGUCUGUUUACCGAAGGAAAAAGGUGGUUUAGGGUUGCGUUCUCUGACAGAAACAAACAAGGUGAGUUGUUUGAAACUCAUCUGGCAAAUUUUGGCCUUGAACUCUUUAUGGUUGGAUUGGCUCCGAGCUUACUUACUCAACAAGGGUUCGUUUUGGUCUAUCAAAGCUAACACUACCUCUGGUUCAUGGAUGUGGAGAAAGCUACUCAAAUAUCGAGACUUGGCUGUGAAGUUUGGUCGGUACGAGGUUAAGAAUGGAGAGGGUAUCUCCUUCUGGUACGAUAAUUGGUCGCCGCUGGGAUGUUUACUCUCUAUUGCAGGUCCUCGGGGUACAAUUGAUAUGGGGAUUGGUCUCCAUGCGACUGUUGCGGAAGCACUCUCACUCAUCGCCAACGCCGUCACCGAGUUGAUCACCUGA